CUUGGAACUGUUGCAUCAGAGAACUCUUCAUGACAGUGGUAAAAGCCAAACCGUCACAAUAUCCGAGGACGGUACAACCUCUGGAGGUACAUGUACAUUGGGGCAACGCAAACCAGCCCAAGUUACGCCAAACGGACAUCCAGGACGGACCAGAGAGAACAGAAAGGAUUAAAAUCAAUCAAUAAACCAACAAAUCCCUAAUCAGCCCGAUCUCGAUCAAGCUUUCCGUCGUUCUUGCAAUACACAUUCUUCCAUUUCGGACUGCAAAGGGGUUCCUCCGAAUCGGACCCCGUCUCAACAAACAACUGGCUCGCAUAUCACCAGAAAAAUCCACGCUAGAUGAACACAAACGAAACUGCCCCCAAAAACCAAAAAGAAGUUCAUAACUUUGUCAAUAAUCCCCACCCUUUUUGAAUGCUCUUCAGAUUCAUUUCCCAAUGACAGCCUUGCCGCCGCUUUCCGACUUCCCGUAUCUCACUCGCGAGGAGUUCACCGCUGCUUGUCGCGCCCUAGUAUCAAAAGUCGCUACUCUUCUCCAGCAUGAAGACGAUCUUACCACAAGCCUAGGUUGGACAAGUGUGAGGCUCGAAACCAAGGAAGGCGAGAUAGUUUUGAUAAUCCAGAAGCAGCUCGACGACCCAGAGACUACUUCCCUGCAACAUCUGAAACAUGUGUGUGAUACAUUGCAGGAAGAUGGAGAAAAGGAUGACGAUAAUACGGCUGAGAUUGUCGGGCGCGAUGAUGGUGAUGACGUUGAUGAGAAUGAUCCCGAAGAGCUCAUUCGGCAGCCACGUUGCAGCUCCAAGUUGCAAGUAGAGUACAAUAUUAUGCUAUCCCCCACAUACCAAGUCCCGAUCCUGUAUUUCUUCCUGCACAACAUCAACAACAACAGCAGUGACAUCUCUGCCAAGGGUCCAGAUAGCCUUCUAGACGUUGUUUAUAAUUGUCUUGUCCCCGCUCAGCACCGAUCGGUGCUAAAGGACGUUGGCAUAAUGGGCGGUCUGAGCAUCGGGCAUCACCCACUCUCGGGCCUCCCGGUAUACUUUGUUCACCCUUGCAACACCCCAGAUGCAUUGAGGGACGUAGCAGGGAAUAAAGAAGUAGUAACCACGGAGACGUAUCUGCUAUUGUGGCUUGGCUUGGUGGGGAAUUGCGUGGGCCUACAUGUUCCGAGCAAGCUCCUUAUCGAGACACGAAACCGGGAAGCCUCUUCAAAACUCAUCCAGUCCUUUUCGGGAAAGAAAGGAGGAAGAGCGAUCAAGAGGACCCCAGAGGAACACGUGUAAUGCCCCGGUUUUCUUCUAUUCAUUUGGAGCGCGACAUAUCAAGUUCGGCCUGUGGGAUAAUUUUACUAGGUUUAAUCUUCAUCAGACGAGGCUUCCAUAGACACGUCGCUUUCGUCUUCAUCCAUCGGCGCCUCGCCUUCACUCUCGUCUUCCUCACGGGGUCGUUUGACACCUUGGGGACCCUCGCUGGUGGGUCGCGAUUCGGUCGCCGCAGGUGGUACUGUCAUGCCAACGGAGACUACUGCCGAAGGGGGGCCAUUGAAGAUGGAUUUUUGAAGCUCGGUAGACACGCCAGGCGCCGGGGCGGUAGUUGAUGCGUUAUAGGUACCUCGGAGCUUCGCGAUUAUAUCUGAACUGCCUUUACCAUACGCGAUUUUCUGUUCGUCCCAGUGACGCUGAUGAGCAUAUGUCCCUACCGCUUCCAAUUUGGAGGCUUGAAAAUAGUAUUAAUUUUGUACAUACCAUCUCCUUCCCAAAGAACUCAAAACCCUGCAAUGCCCGCAUAGCCUGAGUGCUGGCUUGAAUAUCUCUGAAUACAACGUGAGCUUGGCCACGCAUCUUUGCCGUUUUCAUCGCAACAACGUCGAGAACGGUGCCAUAAGUGGAGAAGAGCGUGUACAAGGCUAGUCGCAAGUCUGGCUUCUUCAGUUUGUCAGGAAGAUUCGUGCAGUAUAGACUGUAUUAUAGUCAGUAAAUAUCCCAACUAAACGGGUUGAAGGCGGGACAUCGAGAUCUGCUUAACUUACGUUCGGUUUGGAGCUCCCACAUUGACCACCGCGGACGCAGGUUUGGUGGUCAUUUUUUCGGAAAAUUUUUGAACUUGGAGUAUCUCCUUAAAUGAAAUGAAGGAAAUUAAAACGCGAUGCACAUCAAUUGGUUCG